AAAAUGUUAACAUUUGGUUUUUCUUUUAGUCACUUUUAGAUGGACAAACAUCACAAUGGACUGAAGCAAAAAAGGCUGAAAAUAUAAAAAAGAAUCGGUAUGGCAACCUUCUUCCGUAUGAUCAUAGUCGAGUUAUACUUGAACGUUUGCCAGGGGUGUCGUCAUCUGACUACAUUAAUGCAAGUUACAUUGAUGGUUACAAUAGGAUGAAAGAAUAUAUUGCAACACAAGGUCCAAAGGAAAAUACUUUCUUUGACUUCUGGAGGAUGGUGUGGCAAGAAAAUUCUUCUGUAAUAGUUAUGGUGACUGGUUUAGUGGAAAAUGGAAAACGAAAGUGUGCUAAGUAUUGGCCUGAUGACAGUAUUCAGUAUGGAGACCUACAAGUGCUACUAAUCCAUAAUGAGACAUGCAUGGACUUUAUUAUACGUACCGUUUUGUUGAGAAAGGAAAGAGAAACACGGAGGGUUCGUCAUUAUCAAUUUUUAGAUUGGCCUGAUCAAAGAGUUCCUUCAAAUGCUUCAUCCCUCUUGAUGCUGCAACGAAGAAUCCGAACAGAUAAUCCUGAUAACAAUACCCCAAUUAUUGUUCACUGUAGUGCAGGUGUAGGAAGAUCUGGAACUUUUAUAGCCAUUGAUGCUUUACGUAACCAAGCCGAUCGAGAAGGUCGGGUAGAUGUAUUGAGUUUUGUCAACAAAAUGAGAAUGCAACGAAUAAACAUGGUACCAACUUUGGAACAGUAUGUUUUCAUUUAUGAAGCCAUUUCUGAUGCUUUUUUAUGUGGUGAUACAGUGGUGAUGGCUGACCAACUUCAUACUUAUGUUCGACAUAUAUUUUUUCCUCAGCCUAACACUCAGUUGUCUGAGUUGGAGCAGCAGUUUGAGACUUUGUGUAAAAUCCAGCGAAAGACAAGCAUGACUCAGUGCUCUGAUGCUUUGAAUGACAUCAAUAUUUCAAAAAACAGAGAUCCAUCAAUAGUUCCUUCAAAUAGAGCACGCAUCCAAUUGCUAACUCCAGUAGCAGAAUCAAAGAGUGAUUAUGUCAAUGCUAUUACUGUGGAUGGUUAUAAGCACAAAAAUGCCUUCAUUGUCACUCAGAUGCCUCUUAAACAAACUAUAGUGGACUUCUGGCGAUUGAUUUAUGAUAUGCGAUCUUCAGUUAUUGUAAUGUUAAACGAUCUUAGUAGAACUGAAAAUACUGUGAACAUUGGACAGUAUUGGCCUAGUGAAGGUUGUGCAACGUAUGGACCGUUUGAAGUACAAAUUGUUACAUUUGAAGAUCAGGGCACACUUAUAGUGCGAAUUAUGAAACUAAUCAACAUAAACCAGCCCAAUGAAGAUCCACAAAAAGUCAUUCAGCUUCAAUAUAUGGAUUGGGAUCAGGAAGAAGUGUUGCCAACUAGUGCCACAUCAAUGUUGGCAUUGUUGAAUCAAGUUGAAAGGUGGUACCGACGUACAACUGGCGGACCAAUUACUAUACACUGCAUGAAUGGUGCUAGUAGGUGUGGCUUGUUUUGUACCACUAGCUCUAUUUGUGAUCAAAUAAAAUCAGAACACCUCAUGGACAUUUUCCAAGUGGUCAAGUGGAUUCGCAGUAACCGACCAGAAUUUAUUUAUUGUUUGGAACAGUACAAGUUUUGCUAUGAAGUUGCCUUAGAACUGGUGGACUCGUUUUCUGUGUAUGAAAACUCACAGCAUUCUACUUAGAUUUAGAAGCCUUUUUUUCACAGUAAAAAAUAUUAGAAAACAGUCAUUAAAAAGUUUGUGUUUCUUAUCAUCAAGUUCUUCUUAUUGCUAAAAUACAGAAUUUACUUCACUUGUAAAAAUUUGGGUUUUCCAGCUCAACCAUUAAUUCAUUGGUUAUUUCAAUGGUUAUUUUACCUUGUGUCUUAAUAAUAAAUAUCUUUAGCUUAUAUUGAUUAAGUUUCUGUUUUGAUAUAAAUAAUUAUCUAAAUGAAUGAUUAUUGAUAUCAGAAACAUGUUAUUUCAUUUUUAAAUCAGGACUUGUUAAAUUUCUCAGUUGGAAUAAGUCUUUUAACAUUAAAGGUAGGGCCAUUUUGUUUUUGAUAUAAAGCCCUAUGAUUCACUAUUUGAUGUUUAUUCAGAAAUCUAAGUGAAGGAAACUAAAUUCCAUGUGUAUGACACAGACCAUGAAACUCAGGUGUGAUAUUACUUCCCAGAAUUACUCCCAAUAAUGUUUUUUUAAAGAAAUUGCAUGAAAUUAUUUGUUGUGGAACUUCUCGUUUAUUCUACUAUGUUAGGCAUCAAGGAUUUGAAAUGAUGGAUAUUAAAACAUAAUAUUAUGUUUUGUAAUUUUACUAGAUUAGAUUUUUUGUCCAGUAUUUCAUAUCAGGUGCUUCAUCAGAAAACUUUCGGGUGUUUAAUUUUUGUAUAAAUAAUAUAGUUCAAUUUUUUAAACGAAUUUCAGUGCCAUAUCAUGCAUCAAAUUUUCAUGUUUAAAAAGACAGUUAUAAUAACUGCUUUCUCCAGAAAUGUUUCUUUUGUAUUUUUGGAGAAUAGUGUUAUUUCUGUCCUUUUAUUAUUUUGUGAAAUUGAUUUCUGAUAAUUGUCAUAUAUUUGCGUAUACAUUUUACUAUUGUCAAAUAUUCUUCGUUUUCAGUUAUUAUGAAAACAAAUGUCUAAAUGUCAGGAGAUUUACACAUCACUAUUGAUUAAUCUCUAAACCCUGAUAAAAGUGGUGAAAGCACAAUAUAUGGAAGGUAUAAAGAAAUAUUUAAAUAGAUAAUUUUGUUUUUAAUUAACUUUUGAGCUUGUUUGUAAAAUUGCUUUUUGCUUCUAUAUAUAUAUAUAUUUGUAUUUAAAAUCAAAUAAAUGUGUAAUUUGGAGAACUGUUAGUGAUGCAUAUCAUUAACUAAGACAGGUUUUGUCUGAAGCUGUUCCUUAUUAACUUGAGUUAAGAAUAGAUGGUUAAUAAAUAACAGUACUACAAGUUGAUCCACAUUAUACGUUACAACUUAAAUCUGUAGAAUGUUAAAUUAUAGAAACAUGAAAGUCAACAUUAAAUUUUUAAUAAUCACACUACCAAAUAGACACUGUAUUCAUUUCAUUUGAAAAUAGGCUAAACAUUUCAUGAAGCAUCACUGAUAGUAAAAUCCUUUGAGAAAACGACUGUUUUUUACAACUUUGCCACCUAAACGUUCUGAUGUGUGAAACUAGUCAUAGUUUGUAUUAAUUAUGCAUAUAUAGUAUGUUGUGUAAAAUUUGUUUACUUUGUGAGUUAUUAAAAUAAAAAUAUACCAUCAUUAACUUCCAAAUUGUGAAAUUUAUGUAUUUUAAACCAUAUUAAACAGAAUUGAAAGAUCCUUGUAACCAAACAUGGAUAAAACUAGCUGCAGUUAGAAUUCAGAAUUGUGUGCUGUGUUUAGAAUGUUAAGGUGCUGCUGAACUGAACUCUUUUUUUUUUGUACAGAGAAUGUUAUAGUUACUUAGUUAAGUGUUUUUUGUGAGCUAGAAGUACUUUUCAUGUGAUAUUUCUCUUCUGUAUGUUGUUUUGGAAAGUCGUUAAAAGGUUGUGGGUAUACAAUACGUAGGAACUGUGUUUUGAUAGUAGGCUAGUUCAAUAAGUCAUUCUGUGUAUUUGUUGCUAAUAUUUAAUUACUAGUUAAGAACUAGUUCCCCACUUUUUUUUCCUAACUACAUAAUUUAGUUUUCUGAUGCUCAAUAUUCUUAGUGAAAUAUUACAUCAAAUUUCUUAUUUUAGUAUUGAUGUUAUAUUCACUAUAAAAAUAAAUAAACUAUUACUUGCUAUCUUCAUAAUUUUAAAUCCCAUUCAUAAAAGUAUUAUCUAAGAUUUUCUUUCAGUUCGAGUAAAAUGUUACCAAGCAAUAAUUCCUGUUAUCCAAGUAAUGAGAUUUAGAUGUUUUGCCACUACUACAUAAGUCGUGGACUUUUGUUAGACAUAUGAUUGGAUGUUACACUUUAAUUAUAGAUACAUAACAUGUUUAAUCAUUUUUUUCACAGUAGGGGAAAAAUUCGUAAUUCAUGAAUAAUCAAAAUCAUGUAAAUUAGAUUUUAUUCCAAAUUAUUCUGUGAGUGUUUAGUUUUUUGUUUUGAGAAUUAGAAGAUAUUAAGUUGUGGUUUUAGAAAGUACUUACGUAGAUACUAAAAUAAGUAUCCACCUUGUAGUUCUCACAUUAUAUGGAAUAAAGCUGUCUAAGAUGUGUCUGAAA